GGCCUUACUGUUGCGAGAAAUUAACAAAUAUCUAGCAUCAAAUUGCAAUUUGAAUAAUGGAACUUUGAAUGCAUGUGGAUGCUCGAGAGUUUUGCAUCCUGCCUAAGUUUUGUUAUGAUUUGUUUGGAGUUCUAGAAAUUCUUCCCAUAGCAGUUAUCCUAGAAUUAAAUUUAGUCUCAGAAAUAAUUUUAUUACCAACAUCUUGUUUGUUGUUCAAUUCAGCCCAGUUGUGUUCACUUUUUGUUUUUCUUAUUUAACCAGAGUGUGAUACCUUCGUUGGCUAAAUUUUCUUUUAGCUGGCCCUAUAUUUGACAUGAAUCUAUUCUCUCUCUCUCUCUCAAUAAUAAUAAACAUAUUUUCUGUGUUAGCUUUUUAAGUGAAAAAAAAAACUCUUUGGAUUUCACUUAUUCAUUGGGCUUUCAACCUGUAAAUAUACACUGGUAGCAUAUGUAACAGCCUAAUUCUUCUUCUUCUUUUUUUAAUGUUCUAUUUCCUAGUUCUUGGAAGUUUUAUGGAGACAUGGACUUUCAGAUGUCUUGAAUAAUUGGAUUUGUGAAGGAGAUUGAUCCCCUAGCUACUUGAAGUGCUGGAACUGUAGAGCUUUUUUCAUUUUAGGUUUUUGCCCUUUUAUUUGUUUUUCCCAUUUAAGAAGUAACAAAGGUAUGAACUGUACAGGUAUAUGCUUGUUAGGACUUGCUGACUAUUGUCGGUGAUGAUCUCCUUAGAUUUUCACCUUUUUGAGGUGCAUCGAAGUUGGUCAUUAUUGUUGAAUUUGCAUUCUAUUUGAUCAGUGGCAUUUGGACAUAUAGAUAUUUCUAUUCUAUCACUUCUUAAUGGAGAAACAAUCUAAACAAAUCCACCAGUAACCAUUAUGUCUGAGCUGAUUGAAGGUCUCCCUGACGCAGUUGCAUUUAGGUGCCUUGCACGGGUCCCCCUCUACCUUCAUCCCAAGUUGGAGCUCGUAUCUCGUUCUUGGCAAGCUGCCGUCCGCAGCCCCGAGCUAUUCAAAGCCCGACAAGAAGUCCAUUCAUCGGAGGACUUUUUAUGUGUGUGUGCAUUUUACCCUGGAAAUACGUGGCAGCUUUAUGAUCCUCUCCGAGACCUUUGGAUUACUCUCCCCAUUCUCCCCUCGAAAAGCAGACACCUUGCCCACUUUGGUGUUGUCUCCACUGAUGGAAAGCUGUUUGUGCUCGGUGGUGGCAGUGACGCUGUUGACCCAUCGACUGGUGACCACGAUGGUAGUUUUGCAACUAAUGAGGUCUGGUCAUAUGACCCUCUUACCCGGCAGUGGUCCCCACGAGCUUCCAUGCUUGUGCCUCGGUCCAUGUUUGCAUGUUGUGUGUUGGACGGAAAGAUUGUUGUUGCUGGUGGUUUCACUAGCUGCCGGAAUUCAAUAUCUAAAGCAGAAAUUUAUGAUCCCGAGAAGGAUGUCUGGGUCUCAAUACCUGAUCUCCACCACACUCACAAGACAGCAUGUUCAGGAGUAGUUAUCAGGGGUAAGGUACAUGUCUUGCACAAAGGUUUGUCAACCGUGCAGGUCUUGGAUGGCGUGAAGCUCGGUUGGACUGUUCAAGAUUAUGGUUGGCUUCAGGGUCCAAUGGCAGUCAUCCGGGGAGAACUCUAUGUGAUGAGUCAUGGCCAUAUUUUCAAGCAGGAAACAGAAGCAAGCAAGGUAGUGGUUUCAGCAUCUGAGUUCCGGAGGAGAAUUGGGUUUGCAAUGGUUGGGUUGGGCGACGAUAUUUAUGUGAUUGGAGGGGUGAUAGGGCCAGAACGAUUGAAUUUGGACAUCAAGAAGCUAUCUGAUGUCAAUGUUUUGACUAUUGGGAGUGAAAGACCCGUUUGGCGCCACGUGGCUCCUAUGACAAGGUGCCAUGGAACUAUCAUGGGUUGUACACAGCUGAGAAUUUAAGGUCUUUUUUGCUUAUUUUGACGGUGGAUUUUGUUGCUCUGUUGUGAGAAUUGUGCUCUUCUUUGUAACUUUGGUUAGGUUUUCAGCGGCUACCUUGUUUUGUUUGUAAACCCCUUAGCCUCUGGCCUUGUGUUCUAAUGGUGGAGUUUUUUGGGAACAUGAUAGCUUAAACAAGUCAAACUUACUUCCUUUUAUUUAUUUUAUUUAGAGGGUAAUUGAAAUAAAAUACAUAUCAAUUUGUUUGUGGUGUUCA